UUGACUGUUUACUUUUUUCCAUAGGGUUACCUCCAGCAUCUUGUGUGUUUUGCUUUAGUGAAAAUAAGUUGCCAGGUGACAGUCUGGUACCGAAACCCAAAACAUCUGAAAAUCAGAAAAUGUUGGAAACAUUCUGCAGUUCAGGCAGUAUCUGUGGAAGGAGAAACGGGUAGGUUUCCCUGGAUGCUGCCUCCAAAGUUGAGCACUUGCAGCAAAAGUUGUUUUUACUUUGGAUAAAAUCGCUUGUUCGGAAAACUGACCGAUUUCCCCCAGACUUAACAGAGGGGAGGGGUGUCAGAUGAAAGGUUUAAAGGGAUCGAUUACAAUUUGAGCUGUUGCUGACAGCUCAGUGAGGAACGAAGUAAUGCAAUCACAUGAUAAAUAGUUCCGUUCAGUGGGAAGUACUUAAGACCACAGUCGUUCGACGGAUUUGAAGUCUCUUUUAACCCGACACGGAACAAUGAAAAACUGCUGCGCCGUAGUUUGUGAUGCAGUUCUGGAAUAUGAUACUCCCAGGGUCGUACUUAUCAACAACAGGACCGUUGGAGUCUUGAACAGGCUGGUUCAAUUAAUAAUCCUCGCCUACGUUAUCGGAUGGGUGUUUAUAUGGGAGAAAGGCUACCAAGAAUUUGACUACCCCUUCUCCUCAGUCACCACCAAAGUGAAAGGUAUUGCCUUUACAAAUUCAACUGAGUUUGGAGAACAUCUUUGGGAUGCAGCUGAUUAUGUUAUUCCUCCACAGCAACCAUCAUCAUUUUUUGUUAUGACCAAUUUUGUUAUGACGAAGAAUCAAGUGCAAGGCAAAUGCCCUGAGUUGCCAAUCAAAAAAUUUAGAUGUAAAUCAGACAGUGAUUGUACAAAGGGACAUCGUAGUCGUCAUAGCAAUGGCAUUUUAACUGGAACAUGCAAUAAAGAGAAAAACACCUGUGAAAUGUAUGGUUGGUGCCCUGUGGAGAAUGACACAGUUAUUCCCAAGCCUGCACUUCUUGGAAAAGCUGAGAACUUCACAGUAUUAAUAAAAAAUAGUAUUACCUUCCCUAAGUUUCAAUUCUCAAAGAGAAAUAUAAUGCCAAGUGUAAAUGCCAGCUACUUAAAAGUUUGUAGCUUCGAUGAGGAAUUUCACCCAUUCUGUCCAAUUUUCUGCUUGGGAUACAUGGUUCAAAAAGCAGGAGAAGAUUUUCAGACGUUAUCUGUUGAGGGUGCAGUGAUGGGUAUUUUAAUAGAGUGGAAUUGCAAUCUGGAUCAAUCGGAAUCUAAGUGCAUUCCAAAGUAUACCUUUGAACGACUUGACAAACAUUUUGGCACAGUGUUAUCACCUGGUUAUAAUUUCAGAUUUGCAAGAUACUACAUAAAUCAGAAUGGAACACAAACAAGAGAUUUGUACAAAGCAUUUGGUAUACGAUUCAUCAUUAAGGCUUUUGGUCAGGCUGGAAAAUUUAGUAUUAUCCCAACAAUGAUAAAUAUAGGAUCUGGUUUAGGAUUACUGGGAAUGACAACAGUUGUGUGUGAUAUUAUUGUCUUGAAUUUCUUGAAGAAAAAAAAUUACUACAAGGAAAAGAAAUACAAGUAUGUUAAAGAUAAUGAAUUGGAAUGGGCAGAGAAGUGUUGAAUAGAAAAACUUGAAAAAGUCAGAAGUACUUGUAAAUUGGUGGAAAGUUUACACAAGAAUGAACAAGCAUUUGACAGUUGAUACUUUCGCUUUUAGGUUGAAUUUGUGAACAGCAUUCAACACUCUUGUGAUGGUGGCAUUAUUAACUUAAUAAUCAUAGAUAUUAUACUUUACAUGAACCUUUUGAUUAGAAUAAGCUAUUUUCUUGUAUAAGCAAGCUUCAGAAAAUGUGUUUCUUUUGUAUCUGACAACAGAUAGCCACUUAAAAAUACCAGUGAGAUUUGAGAAGCUCACCACACAAGAUAGUGCUUUUAUGAACCUUUGCUAUAAGAAAGCUAACAUAUUUUAACAUACAGAAAUAAGUUUGAGAUUACAAUGUUUAUACAACUAGCAUCUAAUGGCAUUUGCAUUUCGAAUUCAUAUCCAUAUCAGCAUGACUGAAUCUUUCAGAUGCCAUAUGAAAAGAUGCCAAAGAAACAAAAGAUAAGCAAAAAAAAAAUCAUAGAUCUACGAUAGUUAUAUAUGAAUGCAGAUUGAGGCAUCAUCAUUUCUAUUUUCUUUAAAUGCUUAAUUCCAGAUAAAAAGUUGCUCAUUGUUUAUCAAAACUGUAAAAUAUUCAUUAUGAUUUAGGCAUGAUAUUUUUUAUUAGAACAUAGGAAAAUUGCUUAUUUUUGUUUAUUACAAAAUUUCAAGAGAUCCAAAACAAAAACUGCUAGAUUUCAGCUGGUCAAGCAGCACUUGUGGAGGCAAGGGAAUGAUCUUAACAUCUUGGGUUAAGACCCCGCAUCAGGACUAAGGGAGCAGCAGGAAGAUAACUAAUAUAUAGAAGUAAGAAAGAGGGAUGACAAGAGGCUUGUAGGUGAAAGGUAUAAAUAGAAAAAGGAAAGAAUAGGCCAAUAGUGUUGUGUUGGCAAGGGGAGUGGGGAGGGUAGACACAGAAGCUAGUGGAACCAGAUAAGGGAGGGAUAAUAGCCAGAUAGAACCACGUGGGAAUCAUUUGCUUUCUCCUCAACCUCCACUUUGUUUACAGCUUUCACUUAUCAAACUCUGUCACAACAUACCCCCUUUUUCUCUUUGCCUCCAUCUGGCUAUCAUCCUCCUCCAUCUGGUUCCAUCUAUUAACCCCCUGCCUCUUUCUCAUCCCUCCUUGUGACCAAUGUAUAUUGACUAUGUUCUCUCUACACCCUUAGUCCUGAUGCAAGGCCUCAACUCUGAACAAUAACCAUUUCUUCUGCCUCCAUAGAUGCUACAUGACCCACUGAGUUCCAGCAGUUUGUUUGUUGCUCCAGGUUCCAGCAUUCAGUUUCAUGUAUAAACAAGUUUCAUUACUUCCUAUGCUCUUUAACUCUAAUGAUAUUAAAAUCAAUAAUAAGUACUUGCUUUAUUCCAAUUAUUCUUUUGACAAAAUAUGUUCUUUCGUAUAACCAACAAGCACUGCUUUAUGCCUCACAUCCACCUGUAUUUUUACAUUUUCAAUCAUCAUCACCACUGCUAUACCAAUGGCCAGCACAUCCUGCAAAAUAAUAGAAUUGAUCGCUUUAUGUUUGCACUCUUGAAGCAAAAAGACCAAAACUAUAAAUACCAUUUUGUUAAUAUUUUUCACUGGUAAGCAGCUUGAUCGGUGAAAAUAAAAAAGGAAAACUUUUUAUUCAUUUUAUCAGUUAAAAUUUUAAAAAUCAAAUCCAAAUUAUAAUCAAAACAGACUAUUGUGGAGACACAAGAGUUUGCAGGUAUUGGAAUCUGGUACAAAAACUAAACUUGCCAAAGGAUGCUGGGUCAACCAGCAUCUCUACAGGCAAAUAAAUUGUGAGUUUUGUGAAAGUCUAACCUUAGUUCAAACUCAGCUCUACAGCAUUUCCACUAUGAAAAUGCAAGGCUCUUGCAGUAGUUCCUAAGAAUUUGCUCCAACCUGCCUGCAACUAAAAAAGUAUUUAGAUGCCACUGUGACACCCAUCUAUUGCAUUAAAAAAAUUGGGCAUUUCUCACUGUGUGGACAUGAAAGUUAAAUUGUGAACAGUCCUCCUCAAUGUUUGCACAAAAAAUUAUGUAACUCUAGCAUGGUUAGUUAAAUAUAAUUUAAGAGCUUCAAAUCUUCAUGCUUUAACUGAAGAGAGAAUUAGUAGGUUAAAUUGAUGGAGGGUCCCAUUAAAAUCGAAGUCAAUCCAUUCUUAUUUGUUACCCAGUUUUGCACUUCCUGCAGGUUAAGAAUGCUGACAAAACUUUCCUUUUUAUUUCCGAUAAACACCAUGUCUUUCAGCAUUCUUGAUGAAAUUAACCAAUGAAGAUUUAAAAACAAGAACGAACAAAACUGGGUCUUUCCUAAAUUUAAAAACGCAAACAACAGGAAUUCUGCAGAUGCUGGAAUUUCAAGCAACACACAUCAAAGUUGCUGGUGAACAGAGCAGGCCAGGCAGCAUCUCUAGGAAGAGAUACAGUCGA